GUAAUUUUAUCCGAUGAGGAUAAGGUAGCAGUGAGACUCUGAGAGUGCGCCUGUAAGUAAGAGAGUGGGCACUCUCCUCUUCAACCUCUUUUCCUUACAAUUAAAUGGCGAUCGCCGCCGCAAGCUGCCGGUUCUCUCCUCUCUCUUCCACCGGCACUUCUUGUUAUUCUCUCUUAACCAAACGCCACUUCGUCACGUUCCACGGACCUAAUCGUUUGGUCGUUACUAAAGCCACCCAUCACAGUGAAGCAACACCACGUAAAUCUGACGCAGAUAGAAAAGCCAUUUCAAAGAAGAAUUUUCCUGGAAAAACAAAAGAUGAAGGGCACUAUUCAAAUGCCAAUAGCGAUAGUGGUAGAAGUAAAACAGGGUCAUCUCAACCAACAGCCAUAAAAUCAUUUGGUACACAGAAAAAAGACACCAAGGGAUUUUUAUUUGACUUAAAGGACCAGCAGGUUGAAACAGGUAAUCUUCAAGAUGCAGAUUUUCUUAAUGCUGUUGUGAAGGUUUACUGUACACACACCGCGCCUGAUUAUUCACUUCCUUGGCAAAAACAAAGACAAUAUACAAGCACUGGAAGUGCUUUUAUGAUCGGGGAAGGGAAGCUUUUGACGAAUGCACAUUGUGUGGAACAUGAUACACAGGUCAAAGUGAAGAGAAGGGGAGAUGAUACCAAAUAUGUGGCUAAGGUUUUAGCUAGAGGUGUUGAGUGCGACAUAGCUCUGCUUGCGGUAGAAAGCAAGGAAUUCUGGAAAGGAGCUGGGCCUCUCCAUUUUGGACGUUUGCCUCGUCUUCAGGAUGCAGUGACAGUUGUGGGAUAUCCCCUUGGAGGUGACACCAUUUCAGUGACUAAGGGAGUGGUAUCGCGAAUAGAGGUUACAUCAUAUGCUCAUGGAUCAUCCGAGUUGCUCGGCAUUCAAAUUGAUGCAGCAAUAAAUCCUGGUAAUAGUGGUGGUCCUGCAUUCAAUGACCAAGGAGAGUGCAUUGGGUUGGCAUUUCAGGUUUACAGAUCUGAAGAGGCUGAGAAUAUUGGAUAUGUAAUUCCAACUACAGUUGUAUCUCAUUUUUUGAAUGACUACGAUAGGAAUGGGAAGUACACUGGUUUCCCUUGCCUUGGUGUGUUGUUACAGAAAUUAGAGAAUCCAGCUCUACGUGCCUGCUUAAAAGUUUCCUCUAAUGAGGGUGUACUUGUGCGGAGAGUUGAGCCCACUUCUGACUCCAGUAAUGUCUUGAAGGAGGGGGAUGUGAUUGUAAGCUUUGAUGGUGUUCGUGUAGGGAGUGAAGGAACAGUGCCAUUCAGAUCAACUGAGCGCAUAGCAUUUCGCUACCUCAUUAGUGAAAAGUUUGCAGGUGAUGUAGCGGAGCUUGGUAUUAUUAGAGCUGGAGCUUUCAUGAAAGUUAAAGCAGUUUUGAAUCCACGUGUGUAUUUGGUUCCCUAUCACAUUGAUGGAGCUCAACCUUCGUAUUUAAUAGUUGCUGGCUUGGUAUUUACACCACUUUCGGAGCCACUCAUAGAUGAGGAGUGUGAAGACACCAUAGGGUUGAAAUUGUUGGCAAAAGCACGUUACUCUUUGGCAAGAUUUAAAGGGGAGCAGAUUGUGAUCCUAUCGCAGGUCUUGGCAAAUGAAGUAAACAUUGGAUAUGAGGAUAUGGGCAAUCAGCAGGUUUUGAAGUUCAAUGGGACGCAAAUAAAAAACAUUCAUCACCUAGCUCACCUGGUUGAUUCAUGCAAGGACAAGUAUCUGGUUUUCGAAUUCGAAGACAAUUACCUUGCUGUUUUGGAAAGGGAGGCAGCAGUAGCUGCCUCAUCCUGCAUUCUCAAAGAUUAUGGAAUUCCAUCUGAAAGAUCUUCUGAUCUUUUGGAGCCAUAUGUGGAUUAUAAUGGAGACAACCAAGCAAUAGAUGAAAAGGAUGAUUUUGGGGACAGUCCGGUUUCAAAUCAUGAAUUUGGAUUUGAUGGGCUUCUUUGGGCGUAGUCACUGUUUGUUGAAAACUCGUCCCUGAAUUCUCUUUGCUAUCAUUCUUGAGGGAGCUUUUCCAGGCCAGUAAAAUCUACUAAACCAUAGCAAGCUUCUUUUAGCUGUAACUUGGCAUUUUUUAAUUUUGUCAACAUUAAAUUUUCUGUAUCCAUUCAUUAUUAUUUGGGGAGAGCACACAUGUAAGUAGUUGUAGCCGGCAUUAGUAAAGAUUAAUGUAUUUUUUUUUCUGCUUCAAAAACAAAAUAAUGUUCAAUUUCUUCUUUUUGAUAAUUCAAUUUAAAUAGCAUUAGAAAAAAAAACCUCAAUCUUCUGAUGUAA